CCCCCCCGCCAUGGGGCCGCGGUGCGGGGCGCGGCACCGCUGACUCCGCCGCCACGGACUUUGCCCGGGCCCUCCCCGCUCCGCCGAGGAGCCCGCACCGCCGGAUGGGAGCUGGAGGGGCUUGGAAGAUGCAGCCCCUCUUGCAGGUUCUGGUGGGGCUGCUGCUGGCGGCUGCUGCCCAGGGCAGGGCGAUGGAGCCAGACUCGCUGGCGUCAGGUGAUGAUGAUGAAGAUACUGAUGGGGAUGGUCCCCACGGAGACCGGAAUGAGGAGCCUGUCUAUGUGCACAGAGCACCUUACUGGACUCACCCACACCGGAUGGACAAGAAGCUGUAUGCAGUCCCUGCGGGGAACACUGUGAAGUUCCGCUGCCCAGCCUCGGGCAGCCCCAGCCCCAGCAUCCGCUGGCUCAAGAAUGGGCGCGAGUUCCGUGGCGAGCACCGCAUCGGGGGCAUCCGGCUCCGGCACCAGCACUGGAGCCUGGUGAUGGAGAGUGUGGUGCCCUCCGAUCGCGGCAACUACACCUGCCUGGUGGAGAACAGGUUUGGCAGCAUCCGCUACAGCUACCUCCUGGACGUGCUAGAGAGGUCGCCGCACAGGCCCAUCUUGCAGGCUGGGUUGCCUGCCAACACCACAGCCCUGGUGGGCAGCGAUGUGGAGUUCUUCUGCAAGGUUUACAGCGAUGCCCAGCCUCACAUCCAGUGGCUGAAGCACAUCGAGGUGAAUGGCAGCACCUCUGGGCCUGACGGGGUCCCAUACGUGCAAGUGCUCAAGACUGCAGACAUCAACAGCUCUGAGGUGGAGGUGCUGUACCUGCGCAAUGUCUCCAUGGAGGAUGCUGGCGAGUACACCUGCCUGGCGGGGAACUCCAUCGGCCUCUCCUACCAGUCUGCUUGGCUCACUGUCCUGCCAGAGGAACUAGUGCGGGAAGCUGAAGCCCCUGAGGUCAAGUACACAGACAUCAUCAUCUACACCUCAGGCUCGCUGGCUGUAGCCAUGGCUGUCAUCAUUGUGGUGCUGUGCCGCAUGCAGACCCAGUCGAGCAAGCAGCCCCUAGAGCCCAUGGCAGUCCACAAGCUCUCCAAAUUCCCGCUCAUCCAACAGUUCUCCCUGGACUCCAGCUCCUCCGGGAAGUCCAGCACAUCCCUGAUGCGCGUCACCCGUCUCUCCUCCAGCUGCGCCCCGAUGCUGGCUGGGGUCAUGGAGCUGGACCUGCCCCUUGAUGCCAAGUGGGAGUUCCCCCGAGACAAGCUGGUGCUGGGCAAGCCUCUGGGGGAAGGUUGCUUUGGCCAAGUGGUGCGGGCAGAGGCUUACGGCAUCGACAGAGACCGGCCAGACAGAGCCGUCACCGUGGCUGUCAAAAUGCUGAAAGACAAUGCCACUGACAAGGACCUGGCCGACCUCAUAUCUGAGAUGGAGAUGAUGAAGCUCAUGGACAAGCACAAAAACAUCAUCAACCUCCUGGGAGUCUGCACUCAGGACGGACCGCUGUAUGUGAUCGUGGAGUUUGCUGCCAAGGGCAACCUGCGCGAGUACCUCCGUGCCCGCCGCCCCCCAACACCCGACUAUGCUUUUGACAUCGCGGCGAUGCCUGAGGAGCAGCUCUCCUUCAAGGACCUGGUCUCGUGUGUCUACCAGGUGGCCCGUGGCAUGGAAUACCUGGAGUCCAAACGGUGCAUCCACCGUGACCUGGCUGCCCGCAACGUGCUGGUCACAGCAGAGAGCGUGAUGAAGAUUGCCGACUUUGGCUUGGCCAGGGAUGUCCAUGACAUCGACUACUACAAGAAAACCAGCAACGGCCGCCUGCCAGUGAAGUGGAUGGCACCUGAGGCCCUGUUCGACCGUGUCUACACCCAUCAGAGCGAUGUGUGGUCCUUUGGGAUCCUGAUGUGGGAGAUCUUCACACUGGGGGGCUCCCCCUACCCUGGCAUCCCUGUCGAGGAGCUCUUCAAACUGCUGAAGGAGGGACACCGCAUGGACCGGCCGUCUAACUGCACCCACGAGCUAUACAUGCUGAUGCGGGAGUGUUGGCAUGCUGUGCCCUCACAGCGCCCUACCUUCAAGCAGCUUGUGGAGGGGCUGGACAAGAUCCUGGCAGCCGUUUCAGAGGAAUACCUGGACCUCUCCAUGCCCUUUGAGCAGUACUCGCCCUCCUGUGAGGACACCGCCAGCUCCUGCUCCUCCGAUGACUCUGUCUUCACCCAUGACCCACUGCCACUGGCUCCACACCUCUUCUCCUACCCCAGCGUGAGGACUUAAUGGCGGGCAGGGAAGGGUGAUGCCGAGGCUGCCUCCGCUCUUGUGGGGAGUGGGUCCAGGGUGCCACAGGUUCCCUGCUUUGCCUGGUGUGUGUGGUGGGUGGGCAGGGCCCUGAGCCGCAGCACUGGGGCAGGGUGCCCCUCUCUCCGGGCUCCAUUUUGGCACUGAACCUUCCAUCGUGGCUGAGACCUGCCAGGCGUUGCAGGGCAGCGGGAGCAGAGCCUCUCCGGAGUGGGGACUGCAUGGGAUGCCUGCAGCAUUGCCCAGGGAGCCAGGCUUUGGCCAGUGCUUCAGUGCAAGUGUCUUUAAGCGAGAGCCCUGCUGCCUGCCGGGCUCCCACUGCCUCUGUACAUAGCCAUAGAGAUGAAUAUUUAUGUACAUGAAAUAUCAACCUGAUAAAUUAUUUUUUUUUAAUAGACCCCAGCGCAGUUUCUGGGCCGCUCCUGGGGUAAGAAGGGAAGGCAGGUCUGGAGCUGUCUCCUCUCUGCCUCCUCUGACCAGGCGGCACAGGGGGCUGAGAGUGCUCCCGGGGGACAUGGAGGCAGUGCCACAGGUGCAGGAAGCGAUGUCCCCACUCCCGCGCCUCCAGGCCCACUCCAGCACAAAGCACCCUCGCAUCUGUUCCCCAUUAGCUGCUGCUGCACUAAGCCACCGUGAACUCCGCUACCAGCAUCGCCCUGAAACCGAUCC